AUGCAUUCUUGCCUCUUCAUUCUCCUGCUGUUACUACACUCUCUGGGCCCUUGCCAUCCGAUCCUCUCUCCCUGUCCUGCAGGCUGCUGCUGCCCACGACCUGGUGUGCUGAUCCUGUGCGAGUCCCUUGGUCUGCAUGUGCUCCCUCGCUCUGUCCCCCUCACUACUUCUGCCCUGUCUGUGGCACGGAACCGCCUUUGCAACGUGGAUAACGUCCUGCGACGCUACUCCAGCCUUCAGGAGUUAAGCCUCAGUCAUAACUGGCUGGACCGCUUUCCCCGAGGGCUACCAACGAGCCUGGAGAGCCUGCAGCUCGGAGAGAACCGCAUCACCUACAUCACCACAGGGGCCCUGAGGCACUUGGGUAACCUCACACAACUGGACCUGGAGGACAACCGCAUACGUGCAAUCCAGCCUGGUGCGUUCUUGGGCCAGGGUCGGCUGAAGAAGCUGUCCCUGAAGGGGAACAGACUUACCAGCCUGCCCUUGCACCUGCCUUCUUCGCUUAUGCACCUGGAUGUGUCAGCCAACUGCAUCUCGGCCCUGGACCUGGCCUCGCUGGCCACAUUGGUGAACCUCCAAGUGCUCAAGAUCAACAGCAACUGCUUGCGCUCUGUGCCUGAGCAGGCUUUUGACAGACUGCCAAGCCUGCGGACCGUGGAGCUGGCUAAUAACCUGUGGGUCUGUGAAUGUGACAUCAUGUAUCUGUACAGGUGGCUGCUCACGGACAGAUUAAGGAUGGCAACAGAUCUAGUGUGCACUGCACCCUUGCACCUUGCACACAAGCUGCUCUUGACCUUGUCUAUCAUGGCUAUAUGUCCGAAGGUACUGAAACCCAGUGAAAGAUUAGCGCCACUCAACACAUCAGUAGCUUCUAAGGUACUGCAAGAGACCACUGAAACUCAGACUACAGAGGAGGACCUUACACCUAUAGAGGAACUUUCAGAUGCUCUUUUCAACGAAACCAGGACAUUGAGACGUUCUUGCAGGAACUCACCCAUGAAUCCGAACAGAACACUUCCCUCAGGUGUUAAUCGUAUUGCAUCGCAGUCUCAUUUUAGGUCCAACCAUUCCUCUCUUGAAGGACUUAGCUAUGAACAGUGUUUACUACUGAAUACCACUUAUCUUGUCCCUCAGUCAACUCAGAUGCCAUACAGCCCGGACCCAGAAGAGGACCAUGAGUGUGUUGACAAUGGGACAGACCUCCAAACAGCUCGAUCAAGCACUGAAGUUCCUGUAAGCCUGUUUUCACCCACUAGUGAGGCAGGAAUCCACUUUGUUGCAUCUCCUCGAACCCUGACCCAGUCUAGUGACCCAGUGAUGAUUGGUUUACUGUCUGUGCUGUGUGUGCUAACAGGGUUCCUGCUUGUAACUGUAUUUCUGGUGCUGAGAAGCAUUCUGUGGAGAAAUCAAAGGAUAGCUCCACUCCCAUCCUCAUUAAGCAGUCAAAUUAAUGUGAGCUCUUGA